AUGUCGACAGCCGCAGUGCCGUCGCAUCUGAACGGUGCCAGCGCAGUGUCUGCAGAGGUGCUUCGCGAGGCCGAGUUCCUCCAGAAGAUUUUGCAGAUACGCGACCAAGUGCUUGCUAGCCAACACCCGCGUAUUCAUCUUCCACCCAAAGUAAUUGAACAGGUUGCACCGCGUCUUCCGCAGACUGCCUCUAGCAGACCCACCACCAACGGCACACCCAACGGAUCUUCAUCGCAACUAUUUCCUCCGCGUCCAGCAUCUUCAGCACGCCCUCCCACGUCUCCUAUACCCCCUACACAACGACCCUACUCGGCCAAGUCGUCCUCUUCGAGCAUCGAUCCCAUCUUGCUCACAAAAUCCGAACACCUGGUCAAGGCGGAACAGCAGCUCAAGCGGCAGCAGAUAGAACGCGCACUGAAGGACCAGUUCGAUAAAAAGGGCCGUGGCAACGAUGCAGACGAGCGAGAAGCUCUCAUCGACGUCGAGCAGUGUUUGAUCAAGGCCCACCAACUGGUCCCGCCUGUAUCUGGCUUACCGUCUGCGACUAACAACAGCGACGACGUUGAGUCAUUUGACGAAAACUCGUACUACUCUAGCAAGGCGAACAGUUGGUCCUCAGAGGAUGUUGAUCGCGCUGACCACACGCAUGCUGAUGCAGCUCCACUGACAUCGCAGGCGCAGCCCACAGCUCAGCAAGUGAAUGUCCACUCUCGCCCAGCCGAGCCCACUGUGAUCGACCUCGACGAAGAGGCUUACGAGCCGGCCGAUGACAUAGAAAUCUAUGAGCCUGAGCCUGCACAGCUGCACGAGGAAGGCGAGGAGGAGGAAGACUACUCUCCACCUCCAGCCGAGAUUGGUCCAAGCGAACCCUUGAGGGGUCGGCAGCGCAACCGCCAUGGCGGCACGAACGGAUCACGCCGUCAAAGUCCGACCGGUCCCGCAGCACCAGUUCACAACCCUCGCAAGCGGAGACGAGAAGAGAAACGCGAGCGCGAUGAGAAGAAGCGUCAGCAGCAGGCCAACAAACGUGUUGUCAACUCGCCAGAACCGUACAUCAAGGAAGAGCCGCAGUCACCACCUCCUUUCACGGCUUAUCCCGACUCACAACCUAGUAAGCGUCGUGCGCUACAGCCUCAUCCCGAUGAGGUAGAGCUUGUUUCUGCGCAAGGCAGCCCCAGAACACAGCCGGUCUACUACCGCGACCCGGAACCUAUGGCACGAUCUUACCGCGAGUACGACGAGCCCUUGUCCCCAACCGUCAUACGCACGCCGCAGCGGAAAUCGUUGCGCGAUGAACAGGACCUCAGGCGGGUCGCAAGUCUGCAAUAUGCUCGACGCCCCUACUCGCCAGGUGGUGUCAACGAGAUGUACGCAGCGCCCGAGCCACGACAGAUUCGCGCAGCAUCGCAUGCCUUUGUCGAACGCGCCGAGGCGCCCGUUUUCCGCGAAGCUUCAGCCCGCCCAUCAGCCGCACCCAGAUACGUACGCGAACGUUCGCGAUCACCUAUACAUGAAUACAUGCCCUCUCAGCCGCUCAUGGCUCCGCCGCCACGCAGAAUUGUGGUGGAUCAGUAUGGACAAAAGUACUAUGCGGCACCAAUGGAUGCGCGAGAGUCGAUGGCACCACCUAGCAGGCGAGUGGAGGUUGAGCCAUACUACGAGCGGGCUGUGACGCGGGAGCCCACGAUGCGUGCACCGGCACGACCGGAAAUGUACGAAGAAGAAGCUGUUCAGAGAAUGCCCCCGCCUCCUCGACGCUAUGUUGAGGCCUCGGAGCCUGAAAUGAUUGAGAGCCCGUACAGGCAGAGAGAACCCUCUCGCCGUCCUGUAGAGGUGGAAUACCGCGCUGCGCCACAGUACGAGGAGAUGGGCCCGCCACGAGAGUAUGCUUCAGCGCGAUCGUACAGUAUGCGGCCAGAAGUUGUUCGUCGAGAAGUGCCGGAAGGCUACGUCCGACACGAGAGCAUCCAGCCGUCCGCUGUUCGCGCAUCACAGCCUCGAUUCCGUGAGGUCAGUGUGAUGCAGGAGCCUUUCGACGAGCGUCGCUAUGUUGGCGCACCUCAGAGCAGGCGAUACGUUGAAGAAGGACCCAUGGAGGUGGCUUCGGAGCCGUUUGUGGGCGAGCCGCGUCGCACGUACAUGCGCUAUUAG